GAGAGGAGAGAAAGAGAUUCAAAGAUGUUAUUCAUGCAUACAAUUGAUGUCCCUCGAAUAAUGGGUCAAAAAAUUAUUUAAGAAGCCUGACCUGCUAGUUUAUAUCGAAAUUAAUUUUUCGUUAACGUUCGGUGAUUGAAAUUCUCAUUUUUACACGAGGCACAUUGAAGAGAACGAAUUGCGAUUUCAAUCGAAAUAAGAAUAUUGAUGAAGAGGAACGUCGUCAAAUUGUGGUACGAUUUUGAUAGAAAAUCGCAAGAAAACACAAUAGAACGAAAUAUCGUUCGAUGAGAAUAAAGCUUAGACGGUAUGAUCGUAACAGUGAUAAAACUUCGCGCGUUUUCGAUAGUAGAAAAAGAAAAACAUUUGUGCAUUUGUUUGUUCUGACGCAUAAGGUGGAAAUGAAAGUGGUGGUGGUUGUAAUGAUAGUGAUGACGGCGGUGGUAGUAAUGACGACGAUAGUAGCAGUAUUCGAAUUUUACAUAUCGACGCCUAUGCGUCAGUCCGUUCUUCCAAUUCGUGCGUGACGCGAAGUUGUCGGCGUAUCGCUCGCAAAAUUUUCGAUAUAUCUACGUUGACGGCGAGACGCGAAAGUCGACGCCGUUGGCCCGUCCGCCGCGCGAGUGAGCGAACGCCGUGAAGUGUGCAUCGCUUUAGUGCCCGAGUUGUGUGUACAUAUAAAUGGCGGCUGACGAAAAAUGGUACUUUACAAAAGAACAGCUUAUAAACACGCCGAGCAGAAGAUGCGGCAUCGACGCGGAUAAAGAACUAAGUUACAGGCAGCAGGCAGCGAAUUUCAUCCAGGACAUGGGACAGCGACUUGUGGUUACACAAUUAUGCAUCAAUACAGCAAUAGUCUACAUGCACAGGUUCUAUGUGUUCCAUUCGCUAUCACAUUUCCACCGAAAUUCGAUAGCUGCAGCAGCCCUUUUUUUAGCAGCAAAAGUAGAAGAACAACCACGCAAACUAGAACAUGUUAUCAAAAUGGCACACAUGUGUUUGCACAGAGAUCAGCCGCCACCUGACAUCAGAUCUGAGCAAUACCUUGAACAAGCUCAAGAUUUAGUAUUUAAUGAAAAUGUCUUACUACAGACAUUGGGAUUUGAUGUUGCUAUUGACCAUCCUCACACACAUGUUGUUAGAUGUUGUCAACUGGUUAAAGCGAGCAAGGACUUAGCCCAGACGUCAUACUUCAUGGCAUCUAACAGCUUGCAUUUAACAACAAUGUGUCUGCAAUACAAACCCACAGUAGUCGCCUGUUUCUGUAUCCAUUUAGCAUGUAAAUGGUCCAAUUGGGAGAUACCUCAAAGUAAUGAAGGAAAACAUUGGUUUUGGUACGUUGAUAGAACUGUAACUUCAGAGCUGCUACAACAACUUACAGCAGAAUUUCUACAUAUAUUCGACAAAUGUCCGUCGAGAUUAAAAAGGAAAAUUAUGAGCAUUUCUGCUAAUCAAAGCCCAAGUAUCAAUCACCCAAGUUUGCCAAAUUCGCCAUUUGAUGCUGAACCACGAAAAGUUCAAUCUCCAGCAUCGGCGGCGGAUGGAGGGCCAACAUUUCAUUCUAAUCGGCCGCAUCAUAUAGAAAAACAGGAAGAAAAGAAACAACUUCCUCCGACAAAUACAAGACCACCUGUUGACUAUCGUGAAUACAGAGAGAAAAAAGAACGUGAACGUUUAGAGAGAGAAAAAGCAACAACUCCAGUUACAAGUGUACAAAGUCAUGCAGUUGAUAUUAAUAAACAUCACUCACAUCAUCAUAAACCUGUGUCCGGAACAAAUAUACCUAAUAAGCAUUCCGUGCCACCGGGGCAAAAAACUACAUUACAUCAUAAUCAUCAUCACAGACAAGAGAUGAAAGUUAGUCAACCAGUACCACAAAGGCAUUCUACAGGGAAUCAGCCGCGAGAACCCAAUCGUGAUCCUAGUAGACAGAGGAUACAAAGGGAAUACAAUUCUAGUAGUAGUUCAACUAGUAGUACAGUGCAUUCUCAUGGUCAUACAAUACAUCAAACAAAGGAUGUAAACGUAGACAACACAUUAUCAGAUAUUACACCACAUAGAUCUGACGUUGCUACAUUACCAGACAAUCUCAGUAAUAACAACCACAAUUUACAAAGGUUAAGCACAAUGGAUGGAAAACAUCAAUCUCACGACAAAAGAGUCUAUGAUCCAAGACAUAAAACUGUAGAUCAUAGGAAAGAUGGAGAUCAAAAAGCUUAUAAUAAAUAUCCUGAUUCGUCGAGAGAUAGACAACGGAAAUCUGAUACUUUAGAACAGAGAUGUGAAGAAGUACGUAAACUUAUAGAAAAACCUGUACCGUUUCCAAAACCAGCAUUGGAUGUACAACAUGCUGCCAAUAUACAGAAACAGUCUUAUCAUGGUAAAUAUAGUCAACCAGAUAAGCCACAAGGAAGCACCAGUGCGUUUAUAGGUGAUAUGAAACCGAUCGCUAUGUCUCAAAACGCAUUCUCUCAAGAAAAAUCUCCGACGAACCUCGCAUCUCUACCACAAAUCUCUCAAAAAAGCAUAUCUUCUAAGCCCACGAUAAAUCAGCAUUCUGCUUAUGGUGUUCCACAAGCAUUAAAAGAUUCGAUUAAAAAUGGAAAUUCUCAAUCCUCGUGUUUAACGCCUUUAAAUAAUAUAGACGAUCCAAAAGCUGAAAAACGUCCGCGACACGAUGAAUUGAUAGAACAACAACAAAAUUUGUUACAAACACCAACAAACAAACACAAAUCAUUAUUUAGUCCGGAAAAAGUGCAAACCAGUCGGGAGUCUCACUCUCAAAGGCCUAAAUCGAAGCAAAAAACGCCACCUUCGGCUGUUAAAGUUCCUAAAGAACGUGCGCCAGAGACAUUAACUGGUCUUAAUUUGGUGUCACCAUUCGCGAGUCCGCCAGGUUUACAACAAACUGAUUCAAUAUCAAUGAAACGUUCAGCUACUGAUGCGUCAACGAUAUCUCAUAAAAGACAUCGGACUACAAGUUCUAGUGAAAAUGAGUCCCAGUUGAAAAUCAAGAUGGAAGAUACAUCGAGUUUAGAGGCCAUGAAGAUGCUUGGUAGAGUACCAGAGCUUAUCCAACCAAUCAGAGAUAAUCCUUCGUCAAAUGGUCGAAGUACUUCGGUGGCUAGCGAUUUACAACCACCAGAAUUAAUUAAACCGUUUGAACCGGAACCUGUGAUUUCUCGUUUCGGUAGUAUGGUUACAAAUGGGUUGGAUACAGGCGUUGAGACUCAACAACAACCAGUGCAAAUUGAAUAUUUAUCACCAAUGAAAACGGCUCAAAGUAUAAGUGCUCUAUUGCAGGAACCUUUAGCUCCUUUGCCAUCUUUACUGCAAGGAAUGCAGCAAUUUAGUCAAAUAACACCACAACAAGCGCAUCAAGAGCAUAUUGUUCAGCAAGAGCAACAACAGCAGCCGCCACAGCAACAGUUGCCACAGCAACAACAAGCACAGAUGCAAUUACAAGUACAAUCACAGACACUGCAGCAUCAACAUCAACAUUCGCAUCAACAUCAACAGCCCAUAACUUCUCAUUCAUUGUUACUUCCUGAUAGCCAAUUAGCAGUACAAACACAGUGUAUGACACUGCCUUCAUCAAUGAAUGAAACGUCUGUAGUUUCAACGGUUGAUAUUAGUGUUCUAUCUGCCCCGGUACAAAAUAAUACAGAUGGAAUAGUUCAGACCGUACCAACAACGGUACAGCCAACAGUGCCGACAGUGGUCGAAGAGAAGAAAACGGAGCAUCAUAAGAGCGAGAAGAAAAAAAAGAAAGAAAAACAUAAACAUAAAGAUAAGGAGAAGAGUAAAGAAAAACAUAAACACAAACACAAGGACAAAGACAAGGACAAAGAAAGGCACCGUGAAAAAGAUAAGGAGAAAAAUGAGGAGACGUUACCGGCUGCACCGAUCAAGAUAACAAUACCUAAAGAGAAGUUAAAUCUUAGUAGUGAAACAGCCGUUACCAGUGGCGGUACUAUCGUCAUACCGGAGAAAAACAAAUCACCUCAAGGUACGGGUCUGAAGUUGAAAAUUUUAAAAGAUCGAUUGAAGAGUGCGGAAAGUAUACCGAGUACGCAAGCUCAACCGGUGCCACAGGCACCGUUAAAAAUGAAAAUACGAACGGACGCGAUUUGGAGAAGUUCAACGGGUAGCGUACCGGUAACGACGACAAGCGCUUCGACGAUCGGUAGUGUGCCAGACUAUUCAGGUGAUGGUCGAAAGAGAGAAAGAAUCGAUGUCAACGAGAGUACGUCGAACGUGGUCCCACCGACGAAGAAACAACAGCAACAACAACAACAACACCAUCAUCACUAUCACCACCAUCAGCAGCAACAGCAGCAGCAACAACAGCAACAACAACAACAACAACAACAAUCACAGCAGAUCUCAUCAAUGGCCGCCGGUGGUUACGGUCAACAUCGUCCUGGGGAAAGGCAGAACGGCAGACACUAUAGUUCAGGCAGCAAUAACAAGGAAAGGCACACGUCCAGUCAUCACAAGAGUACCAGCAAAGUGUCACAAAGUCAACAAUCCCAUGCUACGUAGUAUCGAGAUAUCCGGAUAAAACGGCAUCAGUAAGCCGACAUAAUAAUUUAGGAUAUAUAUAUAUAUAUAUCCAUAUAUAUAUAUAUAUUCAUCGAAGAAGUGCCCUGAUCGAUGUGCGUCCACCUCAGAAGUCAUUCUAUAUGUUACAUUACCACCAAUCGAAGAGACAGAAACGAAACUCCCGAUGCACCUGAAAGCCAACGAGAAAAAAUACUUCGAGGCUUCAAUGACGACGAUGACGACGACGACUAUGACGACGAUGAUUACGACGAAUACGACGACGUCAUCGAAACAAAAUUGGAUUUUACGAGAAAGAAAAGAUCGAUUUCUUGUCGAUCGAUUUUGAAUGUGCGAUAUACUCGUAUAAAGAGAGAAGAGAAAGUUUCUUUCAUGGUAUAUCGUCGUUUCGCGUCCUGUCGGUGUCGGUGGUUUUAUUCUUAUUUCAUUUUGCUCUUCUACACGUAACUUCUCUUCUUGUUUUUAUUUUUUUUUCCUUUUUUUCUCCUUUUUUUUUUUUUUUUUUUUAAUUAUUUUUCUCACUUUUUCAUCCCAAACGAAAGAAAACAAAGAUAUAUGACGCUUACACAAACGAAAAGGACGUGUAGAGACUAGUAAACUCUUACGUUAGCCAAAGUUUAACGUAAAUCGAAUUUUGAUUCGUAAGAGGGAUGCUUCUUUCGAAAUAUUAAAUAGAAACAUUUUGAGAGAAAUAAGGAGAAAAAAGAAAAAGAUAUUCUCACUCAGGUCGAUUUAGAUCGCGAUAGGUAAAUAAGAGAAAGCGGCUUUACUUCGUUCCAGUCCGCAGACAUUUUUUUUUUUUGCGAACGGACUCUCUCUCUCUCUCUCUCUCUCUCUCUCUCUCUCUCUCUCUCUCUCUCUCGCUCUUCUAUUUUCAUUCUCAUUAUAUUUUUAGUUCCUCAUUCUUGAUCAUUGAAUUCAUUGAAUCUUUUCAAUGAAUAUGAGGCUGCCAAUGAAGCUAAAACGCAUCUAUGGCUUUCACAAUUGUAGUCAACUUUGCUUUGACAAGUAAUUGCGGAUACUGCUUGUACUAUUCGUCUGUUUGCUUAUUUUUUUUUUUUACUAUAUUUAUUGUAUUUUUAUGUAUCAUUUAAUUCGUAAAAAUUUCUUUAUCUCUAUUAAAACAUU